CUGACCAAUCAGAUUCCGCUUUGCUGAGCCUUCAACCAAUAGCGUGCGAGCUUGUGAGAUCGCGACAGAGAGCAACAAGAAGUUUCCAAGAUGGUGCUCGAAAGUACGAUGGUCUGUGUGGACAACAGUGAGUACAUGAGAAAUGGAGACUUCCUGCCGACGAGGCUUCAGGCUCAACAAGAUGCUGUCAACAUCGUGUGUCACUCCAAAACACGCAGUAACCCCGAAAACAACGUGGGCCUCAUAACUAUGGCGAAUAACUGCGAGGUCCUGACCACGCUGACGCCAGACACCGGCCGCAUCCUGUCCAAGCUCCACGCUAUCCAGCCCAGAGGAAAUAUCACCUUCUGCACGGGCAUCAGGGUGGCUCACCUGGCCCUUAAACACAGACAAGGAAAAAACCACAAGAUGAGGAUCAUUGCCUUUGUUGGGAGUCCUGUGGAGGAUAGUGAAAAAGAUCUUGUGAAGAUGGCAAAGCGCUUGAAAAAAGAGAAAGUGAAUGUGGAUAUUAUCAACUUUGGAGAAGAGGAGUUGAAUACAGAAAAGCUGACAGCUUUCAUAAAUACUCUUAAUGGGAAGGAGGGCACAGGCUCCCAUCUGGUCACAGUCCCUCCAGGGCCCAGUCUGGCUGAUGCACUGCUCUCCUCUCCCAUCCUGGCUGGUGAAGGCGGCGCUAUGAUGGGUCUUGGUGCCAGUGACUUUGAGUUUGGUGUGGAUCCCAGUGCUGAUCCAGAGCUGGCACUGGCCCUCCGCGUAUCGAUGGAGGAGCAACGACAGAGGCAGGAGGAAGACGCCCGCAGAGCUGCUGUCGCUUCUGCAGCCGAGGCCGGCGUGCCCACACCCAGCGCAGAUGAGUCAGAGGAGGCCUUGUUGAAGAUGUCAGUAUCUCAGCCUGAGAGCGGUGCAGCGGUGCUUCCUGACUUCAACAGCAUGACUGAGGAGGAGCAGAUCGCCUACGCUAUGCAGAUGUCUCUUGCCGGUGGAGAGUAUGGUGAAAUGGACACAGGAGCCGCCAUGGACACUACAGAAUCAACCAAGGAGGAAGAUGACUAUGAUGUGAUGCAAGACCCAGAGUUUCUCCAGAGCGUCUUGGAGAACCUUCCCGGGGUCGACCCGAACAACGAGGCUAUCCGCAACGCCAUGGGCUCCUUGGCCUCCCAGACAGGAAACAAGCCAGACGGCAAGAAGGACGAAGAGAAGAAGAAAUGAGGGGAAGAAAAGAAACUGGCAGAGACUCCAGAUGUUGACUAGAAAAAAUUGAACAAUUUGCAGACGAAUGCAUUAUUAAUUUUAUGUAUGAAUAGAUGCUUUGUCCUGCAUGACGCCACUGGGACCGACAUUUAAUACUCUCCUAUUUGAAAAGCACCAACAUGCAAGAAAUAAAAAACCUACAGUCUUGA